AUGAACAUGGUGGAGCUUUUGGUACAACAUGGAGCUGAUGUUCAUGCAAGAGCAGAUGGCGAAUUCUUCAGGAAAGCCAAAGGAAGAGCUGGAUUCUACUUUGGGGAACUACCUCUGUCUUUAGCAGCAUGUACAAACCAGAUACGGAUAGUCCAAUACCUUCUUCAGAACCAGUACUCUCCAGCCAACAUUGCCGCCCGCGACACCUUUGGAAACACGGUGCUGCACUCGCUGGUUGACAUUGCAGACAACACUGUGGAGAACACAAAGUUUGUCACCAAGAUGUAUUCAGAAAUUUUGGUGCUGGGUGCACAAAUUAAACCUUCCCAGAGAUUGGAGGAAAUUUCCAAUAAGAAAGGUCUUACUCCUUUAACCUUAGCAGCAAAAACAGGCAAAAUUGGGGUAUUUGCUUAUAUCCUUCGAAGAGAAAUAAAGAAUCCAGAGUGCCGACAUCUCUCUAGAAAGUUCACUGAAUGGGCCUAUGGCCCGGUCCAUUCCUCCCUGUAUGAUCUGUCUGGUGUCGACACCACUGAAAACAACUCCGUACUUGAGAUUAUUGCUUACAGCAGUGAAACUCCGAAUCGGCAUGACAUGCUUCUAGUGGAGCCUCUCAACAGACUCUUACAAGAUAAGUGGGAUCGCUUUGUCAAACGUGUAUUCUACUUUAACUUCUUGGUGUAUGUGGCAUUUGUCAUCAUCUUCACUAUAGCUGCCUACUACAGACCAGUGCAAGGAAACCCUCCAUUUCCAGUAGAUAGCACACUUCGUACCAUAGGAGAACUGAUCACUGUUUUAGGAGGAUUCUACUUCUUUUUUAGAGGGAUCCAGUACUUUUUGCAGAGACGUCCAACUAUGAAGGCACUUAUGACUGACAGCCACAGUGAAGUUUUAUUUUUCAUUCAGGCUGUCUUUCUGCUGUUCUCUGCAUUACUGUACUUUUUUGGACGGCAUGAAUAUGUGGCUUUCAUGGUGAUUUGCUUGGCCAUGAGCUGGGUCAAUAUGCUCUACUAUACCAGGGGCUUCCAGCAAAUGGGGAUCUAUGCAGUAAUGAUUGAGAAGAUGAUCGUAAGAGAUAUGCUUCGCUUCAUGUUUGUCUACAUUCUGUUCCUUAUUGGUUUUGCUGCAGGUAUGAAGGGAUGGUAUGCUUUGUAA